UGAACAUGGGACCGGGUGGGGGCAGACCUUGGCCAAAUCCUCCUAACUCCAAUUCGACCCCCUACUCUUCUGCAUCUCCAGGAAAUUAUGUGGGACCACCAGGAGGAGGGGGGGCACCUGGGACCCCAAUAAUGCCAAGUCCAGCAGAUUCAACCAACUCUGGAGACAACAUGUACACGAUGAUAAACACAGUCCCUCCAGGUGGAAGCCGACCAAACUUCCCUAUGGGUGCAGGUGGCGACGGUCCAUUAGGGGGGAUGGCUGGGAUGGAGCCCCAUCACAUGAAUGGAUCACUAGGGUCAGGUGAUAUGGACAGCCUCCCUAAGAACUCUCCUGGUAACCUUAGCAUGAGUAACCAGCCUGGGACCCCCAGGGAGGAUGGAGAGAUGGGAGGAAACUUCCUAAACCCUUUUCAGAAUGAAAUUUAUUCUCCAAACAUGACGAUGAGUGUGUGAAGGCUCUGAAGCAGGUUCGGUUCAGCCGCCCAUCAUGCUGGGGUGCAUCAGUGAAAACCAGCGGGACAGGAUGUGAUGUCAUCUAGGCCAGUGACUCUUCCUCCACCACAACCUGCCAUGUCAGGCAGUCGCCCCCCGCUCCGUCCUCCUACUAACCCCCGACCCCCCCCCUCCAUCGUUUCUGUCCACGUCUCUUCUCUCCCGUUUCUUCUCCAGUUUGAAGUGGGGACUGCUACAUUCAUCAGUUCUUCCUCUGCAACUAUGAGACUGUACAAAGGAACCAAAUUGAAACCCCUGGAGGAGAACUCUUUGUAUAUUAUAUAGCAUGGUAACAUGUGCAGUAACAGCCUUUUCCUAAAUGCAUUUACAAUAGAACGUAGCCAUCUUUUACCUUGAACACAUAGUGAAAUAAGAGCCUACUGUAAUAUAGUAUCCACAUUAUUAUACUAGCAGUGCAUGCUCAUUAACAGUACAAUCUUAUAGGCCAGAGAGUUCAAAAGGAAUAAUUCCUGAAACAACACAGUCAUAGAUGUGUAAUUAUGUACUGCCUUUAAAUGUAAUAUAACUGUAACACUGCCUUGUCAACACUGUUUAGAUUAGUCCCAUAUAUAUAUUUAUUUAUUGACUGGUAUUUGCAUUUUCCAUGAGAACAACUCCCUGUCUUCAAACACAGAGAAAGAGUGACGGGAGGAAUAAUUCAUCACCAGAAGACCGUAGAAGAAAGCGUGAGUGAGCCUUUGCCAGAACCACAAAGAAGACCUCAGU